AGCAGCCGAGGUCAGAAGUCUUCAGCAACAGUUUGUCAGUUUGUCAGACGCCCGUGAAAACUACCGCUCAUGAGCCACGACUCCGUCCGUCUGCUGCGUGCUGCGCCGCCCGCCAAGUCUGCAUUGGAUCUCUCGGCGCAUGACAUGGCCAUGGUGCGUCUUGGCAGUGGCUCCACCUUCCAGCGCUCGCACAGCAAACCCGAGCACCCGACGUCCCAGAUGGGGGUUACUGCUGUGAAUGCCGAGAACCAGCACACCAAGCGCCACAACGGUAAGAAGUUAUUGUUUCUGCGCAAAUUCAGCGUGUUGGAGGAGGACAUCGUCAUCUGUAAUCGUGUUCGUUGCGGCGUUGACCCAUCCUAUUUCCAACACCGGAACGCUGGCGACCACCGCUACCUGCGCGCGCUGAGCUUUGAAGAGGCGAGACUGGCUGCAACGCGUCGUCGCCGCUCCGUGUCGAUGGCGGCGGCCUACCCGAAAAAGAGCCAAAGCAUGCGCAUUAACGCAAGCGACUUGACGGGGGACGACGAUGUUCCCACGAGUAGCAGUAGUGCUAGUACAGAACACAGUUCGUUCAACUCCAUCACAGGCCAUGCUACCAUCGAAGAUGCCGUCUUCGUGCCGCCCUUAAAAAGUGAAGGUAGCAUGCGUAUAAUGAGGGCUGGAUCCUCACGGAAAAACAUGGUAAACUCGCGCAUGCGCACUGCAUCGGAGAGCUCAGCGCUGCUCACUCCGCGUGAAAAGGCUAUGCAUGGACGUUACCUCAUCCGCGAGUCCUUCGCUGCCGGAGCCUAUGGCAAGGUAUGCUUGGGUCAGGACAAGUCUUCCCUUGAGGAGGUAGCAGUGAAAAUCGUGCCGAAGUACAUUUUGAUCUCACCCGAAGAAAAACAGUCCGUGGUCCGUGAGCAGGUUAUCCACAAGGGUCUGGAUCACCCUCACAUUGUGAAGUUGCUUGAUAUUUACGAAGACGACGGCGCGCAUUAUUUCAUCCUGGAGCGCGCCGAUUGCGGCUCUCUAAACACGAUGAUCACAGCUGCAGGCAUCGAAGAGAGCAAAUGUCGGGAUUUCUUUCGACAGCUGCUGCUUGCUCUCGAGUAUCUACACGAUAACAAUAUCGUGCACCAUGAUAUCAAGCCUCACAAUGUGCUGUUGGACGACGAUGGCGCCACGGUAAAAAUCUGUGACUUUGGAGCGUCACGAGCCUUUGACGCUCACGAUGCUUCGCUGCCAUUUGCUGGAAUCUUUGGUACAGUGGGCUAUAUCGCGCCUGAAUUACUUGAAGGCAAGGAAUCGUACGGACCUGCCAUUGACAUGUUCAGCGCUGGCAUUAUGCUUUUCGAGAUGGUUUUCGGGUACGGACCCUUCUACCCACCGAGUGCUUGUACGCACCAGGACUUGGAGUUCCCAAAUAGACCAAAGGCAUCUCCAGAAGUAAAACAGCUUUUGACUCGGCUACUAGAAACAGAUCCAAGUAAGCGGAUUACAGCAGGCCAAGCACUUGGUCAUCCGUGGAUCACACUCGGUGCGGGUGGUCGCUCGGCUCCGUCUUCACUCGUGAAUGUUUCUUCGGGUUUGCCACCGUCACCAACUUGUGUUCGUCGGUAGAAAGCUCUGGCUGUUCAUUUUUUUAUUUUAUUUUUUGUAGUUAGUAAAUGGAACUCUGUAAAAGUAACUCGAUGGCUCGAAAAUCUAUCUACAAGUUGUUUAUGAGAAA